GAUCGUCGUCCAGGAGGAGGUGAACGCAGCGUCUGAGGAACUUCUUGACCUGAUUGACUCACAUCAUCACCGCCCAUAAAGUGGAGACAUCCAGGAAAUGAGUCGAUCUUCCUCAGCCGGCACAGCUCUCUCCUCCCGAUAACUCCGAGCCGUCCAGACGCUCCUCCACAGCGCUCCUGACCGGGUCCAGACGCUUGUAUAACAGUUGGGACUUGUCGGAUGUGUAGCGGUAUCCUUGCAAAUUAGCCUCCGUUUUUUUUGUUUUGUUUUACCGUCAAACGCAGCCCGGUUUGAUCCGAUUCCGCGCGGACCUCGACUCGAGUGACUGAAUCCCGAAUACCCCCCCAAAAAAACCCAAACAUGGCAACCCAGAUCGAUAAGGAGGCUUGCAGGGAGGCUUACAACGAUGUCAGGGACGAUUCCACGGAGACCAACUGGGCCGCCUUUAAGUACGAGGGCUCCACCAUAGUGCCUGCUGGACAAGGAACAGACUACGAGGACUUCAAGAAGCUGUGCACAGACGACUCCCGUCUGUUUGGCUUCGUCCGGUUUACAACAGGAGACGCCAUGAGCAAGCGGGUCAAGUUCACCCUCAUCACCUGGAUCGGCGAGAACAUCAGCGGGCUGCAGCGAGCCAAGAUCAGCACCGACAAGACCAUGAUCAAAGACAUUGUGCAGACCUUCGCCAAGGAGUUCAUGGUCAGCGACCUGCGGGAGCUGGAUGAGGAGUACAUCCGCACGGAGCUGAAGAAGGCGGGCGGCGCCAACUACGACGCUCAGGCCGAGUAGAGGAGCGGCACGGUCCAACACGUCACCUGGAUCAGGGGAGGGUCAGGGCAGGUUGGACUAAAAUGGGGCGGGGGGGGGGCUGUUACCGCCUGAGGAGAGGGUGAGAGGGGAAGGAAAAGAAACGAGUGACGACUAAAAAACAAAAACCUAGAAUAAUGAAGGUUAGAAUCUUUGCUUGUAGGUUAGACGGAUCAGAGCUGCUUGGAAUGUGCUGCUGUCAGCGCCAAUCUACUCCACAGUCCCUUUGUGCUUAAAAUGUCGCACGCUGCACGUAGUCUUAUCCUAAUCAUGAGAACGCAACUGAACUUUUUUUAAAUUCUCUCUUGAAAACGAGAUGAAAAGUCGUCCAGAGCUAAAAAACCAACAGUUUUUUGGCGUUCUUAACGGGUUUCCUUGAUAGCAAAACAUUUUUACAGAUUCAAUCUUGUUGUGUUGGAAGAUUGGUUGUGUUAGUGUGUCACGCACUAUCGAAAAUGAGUUUUUUUGGGGGGGAAAUGGUAAAGGGGACGUCAUAUAUCUUUUUGUUCACUUGAAAAAACAAAAACUGGAAGCUCACAGUCUGCAUGGAUCCUGCUUGUUGAAGUUGUUUUAAAAAAACUGAUGUGUGCAGAAAACUGUUACAUGGAUCCAAUCUAGAUGUUCUUUGUGUUUAAGUGUUGUUGCUCCGCUGGAAUCUGUGUCCACUUUUCCGACGCUGUCGAAAUCGCACUGACCGCCAGCACCAAAGCAGUUCUGCUCGCUUCUGACCGCCAAGGUCUCCCUCGUCUCCUUUCCCGACGCUCCGCCCUCUCGGUCGGCGAGCCGUCACAUCACUUCCACCCUCGCCGCAGAACAGCAAACUGAAGUGGCCUUGGUGGCUGCAGCACUGUUUGUUCAACAAUAAUUGGAAGCAAACGAGGGUGGAAGCGUUUCAUCUCACAUGCGAUGUCAGACUGAAUCCCUCUGCUCGCCGUCGUGUUUGACGCCACAACAUUCUAAGUCGUGACACACUGGACCUCCAGGAAGGAAAGCUCUCCAUUCUCCCGCCGUUUCCCCUCAUGGUUGAUGAGAGCUGCAUCUAAGCAGCAUCACAAAACCUGACAGGAAACUGAGAAUGGAGGCCUUUUCUUCUGGUGUCUCAUCUCAUGAUUGACCACUUAAAUACUGUAACCUACCGUGUUGGACUGCCUUAGUCUCCCGUGGAGAAAGGGGCAUUAUGGGAGACUGUGGACACUACACUGUGAUGGGCUGUCCUCCUUCAAAAAGCACAGGGUGGUGGGUCCAGGCUUGUCAUCCCAAUCCAGGAGGAACCACUUCUCAGUUGUAGCAUAUCUAAUUAUUUAGUUUCAACCCCUCUUUCCCUCAUUAAAGAUUAGGAUUUUUGUCUCUCCAUUUUUCAAUGUUCUUUUUGUUUGAGAUCAUUUUUUUUAAAAUUCAAAACAACUGAUCAAUUGAUGUUUUUAAAAGCAUUGUGAUGGACAUCUGUGUAAUAAAGUGUCAAAAGAAAAACAGAAUGGGCAAAAA